GAGGCUGUAGAAAAAGGAGCGGAGGAGACGGAGAAAAAAAAUGACGGACGAAACAUUUCAAAGACCCGCCGGAGAAAAAAUGCCCAAUUUUGCCGGAACCUGGAAAAUGAAAAGCAGCGAGAAAUUUGAAGACUUGCUCAAAGCGCUCGGCGUGAACGCCAUGCUGAGGAAGGUGGCGAUGGCGGCCGCGUCCAAGCCCCACGUGGAGAUACGGCAGAACGGCGAGCACUUCUACAUCAAGACUUCGACCACGGUCCGCACCACGGAGAUCAACUUCCUGGUUGGGGAGGAGUUCAACGAGGAGACGGUGGACGGCAGAAAGUGUAAGAGCUCGGCCUCGUGGGAAGCAGAAAACAAGAUCUACUGCAAACAGACUCUCCUGAGCGGCAGCGGGCCGAAGACCUUCUGGACCCGAGAGCUCAACGGGGACGAGCUCGUACUGACCUUUGGAGCCGACGACGUGGUGUGCACACGGAUCUACGUACGAGUGUAGCCCGAAGGUCCGCGGGUUCAAAUCCCCUCCGACCAAAAACAGCGUGAGAAAUGUUCACAAAAUGUAUUUUUUCUUCUUCCGUUUGACAUCUUUUUGUACAA